AUGGAAAGUUGCAAGCUUACGAGCUCAGUCCUACUGAGGGUACUGAAAGGCGUCGCAGCGGCCACAUUAUUAGACGAAAGCAGCUAUGAGAGGCUCGUUCAGUGCUUUGCCUGCGGUGACCGAGUAGCAGAAGGUGCAGACAGCCACACUGGCAAUGAUGUUGCCCAUGGACGCCCUGUCGGUGAUUGGCUUGCCAUGGUUCCAGACAUCUCAUGUGAGGAUAAGGAGAAGCAACUCCUGGUACAGCACCUGGCAGAGCUUGUACUCGCAAUUGCCCUUCUUCGCGAGAGCGGCCGAAGGACACAAAAUCCUAGCCUCGCAGCCGUCUCGGACGCGGACUUAGCUAUUGUGUGGAGUAUGAUACGAGGCGCACUUCUCAGUGACUUAUUUCCAGAUUCUAAAAUCCGGGCAUCACGUAGCGCACAAGGGUUCUUGUCCGUUCCUCUCUGCAGCAUAGUGCAGAAUGGCAAUAUUGAGGAGCUUUUCCGGCUCCAUGUUUGGCUACCCGAUGGACAGCGAGGGACCCCAGACUUUGCAGUUCAUUCUCAUCAGCCAUUUGGGCAGAGCUGGAUCCUCGCUGGUGCCGGAGUGGACCAUUCAUUCGAUGUUCACCCGACAACCGACGGUACAGCAGCCACCCAUGCUGAAUAUAAGCUCGUCUGGCAGGAUGCCAAAGGAACGGAUAAGACCUAUAAGACCCACCAAAUAUCAUCUACCAUCGAGAACACCGGGAACUUGGUACAAGUGACGGCCAAGGACUCGAAGCUGCACGUGCGCAACAUGAGCUACGCCAUUCCGGCGGCUGCAUUCCAUUACACAGAAGUUGCGCCCGAUACUCUGCACGCCACCCUUUUCUUCUUUGAUGCAUCGCGCGGCUUUGUGAAAGAUGCACCAGUCUUGGGUCCCAAGGAUCUUGACUCCUCCACUCAACAGCGCGAUCCAGGUGGCGUCACGCCAGCAGUGCUAGCGACCAUGGUAGAUGCGGUUCGAUCGUGGGAGACUUUGAUGGAGGAGGGCGACCAACAUGCCCAGCGCGCUGAGUGGGAGCAUGCACUGCGGUCCUUCAGUCAUGCUCUCAGUCUCUGUGGGCCGGCAGGGAACUUACCAGCGUCAGGAAACUACAGACAUAUCGUGUUGGGGAAGCUAGGAUAUACGAACAGGCGAUUUGGAAGAUACGAAAAGGCAGAGGAGUAUCUGCAAAGUGCGUUGGAUGGGCUUGGUUCCACAUCUUUCCAUGUCGAGCUUCGUGGAGAGAUGGGAGUAGUUUACCGCCAUAUGAAUCGCCUCGAUGAUGCAAAGCGAGAAUUCGAGAUACAGUAUAAUAUGGCAGUGGAGCUAAAUCUAGAAUAUGCUAUGUGCCGUUCUAUCGGGAAUUUGGCCAUGGUGAACUAUCAGCUUUCGAGAGAUUUGUUGCCUCUAGCCAUUGAUCAGUUGAAAGAACGUGUCCGUCUAGCUCGGUCUAUCAGGGCGUCCCCCGGAUCAGGUGAGAAAGCCCAAGCCAUCAUCUGGGAGACUGUUGGGUUGUCUCGACUGUCGCUCUGCUACACUGCCUGUGGUUUCGCAAACGACGCGAUUGCGACAUCUCUGGAAUCUAUGAAGGUCGCCCUCAGUACGAAAGACCCUACAGUAGUUGCAAUGUCACGGUUGUUCUAUGGGCGCGCUUUGUAUUUGAAUGGACAACGUGAGGAAGCUCUACAGCAGUUCAACCCGACUGGGACGUGUACUCCGGCUAUGGCGCUGUGCAAAGAGCCUUCAGAUGAACAUUUGGGAUACUUAAGAGAGCUGGUGGAGGCUGGUGCCGACAUGGAUCUCAUUGAUGAGCAGGGCUAUAGUGCAUUAGAUUACGCUGUGUUUUGCGGCGACAUGCAAACUGAAGAAGUAGUUCUUGAUGGACUUCGUCGACAGUUUGGAAAGCAGGCGAACGACAAGCUGUUGCAACGACAAAGAGAGGCUCGAGUGCGAAAGUGCUACCGGGAGCUGUUCCAGGAAAGUCUGCGGCCUGUUCUCUUAGAAAGCAGAAAUGAGGUAAGCCAACUGCAGCACCUUCGACGCGUGUAUGCCGCAUCGCUUGUGGCAGACGAAGAGAAGAUCAAGAUAUUUGACGGACUCAAAUUUGUGUGGUACCGGGAUUUUCUGCGCAAUGGACGACUUCCACGAUCGAACCACGGCCUGACGCAGAACUACCGCGAUAUAGAGCCAGAGUGUGCGCCAGAAUAUAUCGUCUUUAUAUCAUAUCGCUGGAUCAAUGGUGAUCCGGCCUGUCUGGCAUCACCGGACGAUACCAAUCACACCCAGUAUCACCGCAUGAUCACAGCGAUCGAGGCAUUCUUAGAGGCUCACGGUUCCCUAAACCCAGAGAGGUUAGGAAUUUGGUUGGUAUGUUCCGAAAUCCAUCCUCCUGAAGAGAUGACUUAUGCUUAUCGUUAUCUAGGAUUGGGCCUGCAUCGAUCAGGAUAA